AAAAAGACCAUAAAAUGAAAAUCAAUAUAUUGGUUAUUGUUGCAUUUUCCCUUUUAGUCGUCGUGCGGUCAUUAUCUUCGAUGAAACAAACUCUUUACUACGAAUCGAUAUUUAAUUUUGGUGAUUCUUUAAGCGACACCGGAAAUUUCCUUGUCUCCGGUGAUGUAUACUCUCCGACCAUCGGAAGACCACCAUACGGCGAAACUUUCUUUAACCGUUCAACCGGCCGUUUCUCUGAUGGACGUCUCAUCAUUGAUUUUAUUGCUGAAGCAAAUGGAUUACCAUACGUUCCACCGUAUCUCCAAAGUGUAGUAACAAAAUCUUCAAUGGAUUUUAAGAAAGGAGCAAAUUUUGCAGUGGCUGGAGCGACGGCGAACGAAUUUAACUUCUUUAAAGAAAGAGGUCUUUCGGUAACAUUAUUGACGAAUAAGACAUUGGAUAUUCAACUUGACUGGUUCAAGAAAUUGAAACUUUCUCUUUGUAAAACCAAGCCAGAAUGUGAACAAUACUUUAAGAAAUCUCUAUUUUUCGUGGGAGAAAUUGGUGGAAACGAUUAUAAUUACCCUCUUUUAGCAUUCCGGAGUUUUAAACAUGCUAUAGAUUUUGUACCAUUCGUCGUUAACAAAAUCAUUAAUGUCACAAGCGCUUUGAUAGAGGAAGGUGCGGUGACGCUGGUGAUUCCGGGAAACCUUCCUAUUGGUUGUUCGGCGGUUCUAUUAGAGCGGUUCAGCGAUGAUAAAGGAUGGCUCUAUGACCCGAGGAACCAAUGUUACAAGCCACUGAACUAUAUUGCUAAGCUUCACAAUGAUAAACUCAAUAAAGAACUUGUAACUCUAAGGCAAAAGUACCCUCAAGCCAGGAUUAUAUAUGCUGAUUAUUACGGUUCUGCCAUGCAAUUCUUCAACUCGCCUGCCAAAUAUGGUUUUACUGGAAGUGUCCUAAAGGCAUGUUGUGGAGGAGAAGAUGGAAGAUACAAUGCGAAACCAAGCGUACGGUGCGGCGGAAAGGGUUCGACAACUUGUGAAAACCCUUCAACGUAUGCAAAUUGGGACGGAAUCCACCUAACCGAGGCGGCGAACCGCCACAUUGCAACCGGUCUCAUCUCCGGCCGUUUCACCAAACCUUCUCUUAAUAACAAUUCAUUAAUUUACAAGUUCUAAUUAUAUAUAAAAAACACACACACAUAAUUUGAACAUGUUG